UUUUUAAGUACACAUCCAUAUACACAUCUCUACCUAUAUAUAUAUUAAUCAACUCCUUAGCCCUUACAAGUUAAUUCUUCUCUACAUCAAACAUAUACAUAAUACAUUCACUUGCCUCUAACCCCACAAAAGGCAUCAAGAAAAUAUGGCUGAAAUUCAAGAAAAUCGCAUCUCACAAGGCAUCAAAUUGUUUGGUGCAACAAUACAAGUUCAAGAAAAACAAGCCAAAAAUACUCAUCAACCAACAAACAAAGUUGUUGAUGAUGAUGAUCAUGAUGAUAAUGAUCAAGAAAAAAGGCCAGACAAGAUCAUCCCUUGCCCUAGAUGCAAAAGCAUGGAAACCAAAUUUUGUUACUUCAACAACUACAAUGUUAACCAACCAAGACACUUCUGCAAAGGUUGUCAGAGAUACUGGACGGCUGGUGGGGCCCUACGGAACGUGCCCGUAGGAGCUGGCCGUCGCAAAGCCAAGCCACCAUGCGGGCCGGGCCGCGAUGGCGACUUGACCGGAUUAUCAGAUGGUUGUAAUUUCUUUGAUGUGGCUAACCAGCUUGACUUUGAUGGAGUGGUGGCGGCUCAUGAAGAUCAAUGGCAUCUUUUUCCGGCGGCCAAGAGGAGGAGGAGCACCUCCGAUAGCCAAUCUUGUUGAUUCCCUCUUUGUCGUCUAGUGCUUAUAUAAAUUAUAUUCUAUGUACGUGGAAUUAGUAAAUGAAAAAAAAAAGUUGGAAUGAGAAAAGAUAUUUACAAAAAAAAAAAAGAAAAAACAUUUGCAGGCUGACUUUGCUUCCUUGAUUGUAUAUACAAGCUGUCUUAAUUAGUUAAACAAAGGGUCUUAAUUAGUUGUUAAUUAAGUAAUACUUAUUAUUGAAAGUUGCACUGAUUUAUAUCCUAAUCAAUCGUGUUGAUCAUGAGUUGAGGGACAAGAUAGCAUGCCACAACCCAUCAUAAAAUGUCCGACAUACACUUGUUAUUAUCAU